CAUGACCCCACGAGAGACACGAUCAUGAAUUGACCCCGAGUAUAAACACACAGAAGCGCUACGAGAGUUAAACAAGGGCUCGUUGAAACUGCACUGUCCACAGGUCAUUCGCUUAUUUCAUCUAUUGACCAAAAUGGGGGACGCAAAAACACUCGUUGAAGCCAAAAUAGCCGGGAAGAAAGUGAUGGUAUUCUCCAAAAUUGGUUGCCCUUAUUGCAGCAAAGCUAAAAAUACUCUGUCCAAGUAUUUGGGUAAUGGUCUGUCGGAGUCUGACUACGAAGUGCUAGAGAUUGGUGACUUGGCAAAUUGUUCGGCCAUUCAAGAUUAUCUUGAAUCUAUCACUGGGGCGAGAUCGGUAGGCUAAUGAUUUUUUAAUGCUUUCAUUUUCUAGACUAAUCAAAAUAGUAUAUUCUUUUAAUUCUUUUCAAAAAAUUAUAUUGCUUUUCAUUGUUUUUUGUUACCAGGUAUUCCAUAAAAAAAAUUAUUCUUCUAAAAUUGCUUGUUUUCAUGUGUUUCUGUAAUUAGUUGAAAUAACACAUUCUCUCCCGUCCUCUCCCUUUUUUAUCACAUGUGUCAUGUGAGUUUGAGCUAUUUUUUUUUAACCCUGUGGCCACCAUAUUUUUUUGCCUCGACCCAUGAAGUUCUUUCACUGGUUGAGGCAAAAAAAAAUGGCGGCUGUGGGAAAAAAAACAUGGCACCGAUAGUUUGCAUUUUCCUGCAUUUUUCUUCUAAACUAAAUAUAGAGUAGCCUAAAAUAAAAGUAGAGGCGUCGCUUUGGGCCCAGCGACUGCAAGGGGUCGCGGAUGUAUAAGAUGUAUACCGUAAUUAUAAAUAAUUAUUUUAAUUAUUUAAUUUUAAAAUCUGUUUUCGGUGGGCUUAAAAUGCCUAAACAAGUGCAACUGUCAAAGUUGUACCAGUGGGCAUCAUAUAUGGUCAUGCCUAUGAUGGUUAUUUACACAAGACUUCUUUACUCUUACUCUUAUGAUUUUGGCGUAGGCGUACAAUGUACGAUUUAGAGAUGUCUUUUACGAUUUACACAGAACCUCAGAAACGUGUCAGACCUAGGAUUUUAGGAUUAAGAGGGUUGUAAAAAAUAUAUAUAAUCUGGUUGUUUUUUCAUUUUAAAAGUAAAUUAAAAGUACAUUUACUGUUAUUAAUUUUAUCUCCUUUUUAUUAUCCAGUGCUGAAUGGAUCAAGAAUUACUUGGGGUGGGGGGGACUAUCUAUUAUUAUAUUACCUUUGACCUGAGAGGGUAACAGGGUGAUGUUGAUUUAGAUUUUGUGAGUGGGGGGGGGGGGGUUGAGGUGUUUAAAUAACACCAAAAAAGGUAAAAUUUAGCAAGUUUUUGAAUGUACGAUUGAGGGUAACCAGAUCUGUUUAGACUUUAAGUUGUUUUUAAAAGAAAUACACAUUUUACAGAUUGCGAUUGUUUUGAGAGAUGCAGUUUUAUUUUUAAAAUAACUUAUAAGGUGGCCACUAGUAUUGACUGUAAACCUGUAGCAAUUGUUUUAGUAAAUGCAAAGAGAAUAUGGCCAUAAUUUUUCCCAUGGCCGCCAUCUUGGUUGCCCCAACUCGUAAAAAGGGUCACAGGUCGUAUCAGCAAAGGAGGUGGCCGUGUAAAUAUAAAAUAACUCACGUCUGCUAAAAUUAGGAAUAAAAUGUUAAAAUUCAAUGAAAAAAUGUCAACCGGUAGAUAAAUUUCGAGGUGAAAGUAGUUACUUUAUUGAAUCCGUCUAGAUAUGCAGCAAGAAGCGUUAACAACUGCGGUCGCUCAUUAACAUAUUAUAAUACCCAACCAAUGAAGUUUUAAAAUUAUUAUUAAUCAAACAAUAAAAUUUUAAUUCAAAACAUUCCAUGUCAUAUUAAGGUAAAUUUAACCAUAGUAACAAAAACAUGUUAAUGACAUCAUGGCGCCAUCUCUUUGCACUGACCAUGGUUUUAAAUGCAUUGUCUUGACUUGUUGUUGGUCCUACAUUCAGUGAUGUAGAAUUUUAGGAAAAACAUAAAAUUUUAAACAUUGAUUGUAAUUUGUCAGUGUAACCAAAGGUCAAAUUUUCGUACCCCCUUCCGCUGUAGCACUAAAUACAUAAAAAGGUUUCACCCCCAAAAAUAUAUCAUACUGUUGUUACCUAGCAGAUUAGUUAAAUUGUCACCAUAAACAAUAUACGUAAUCUAUGGAUAGCUAUAAUUUCAUUCCAGUAAAAGUUUAGAGCCUUUUUUAAAUUUUGUUGUUAAAGACUAUUUUAAUCAUAAUCUUCAUUAGACUUUGUUAUUAUUACAUUGAAAUAGAUAUUUAUUUUAAGGAUAGUAUUUUCACCCUUUAUUCUUAUCAGAUAGGCCAAUGUAUACUUUGGCCAUACCCAUGAAGGGGUGGGUCAUUUAAAGGUUCUUUUAAUUUAAGCAUAUCAGUCAGUACCAGUAAUGAAAACAAAUUGAAUUUUUAGAAUCACCACAGAGCAACACAAAUCCGUGGCAUAAAUUGAAGCGCGGUGAGCCUAGGCCUUGGCUGGGGUACUGUGCUAUAUAAAACCUCUUUAAUUAUAAUAAUAAACAUAUUUAAUUAUAAGGAAGGUUCACUUUUUUCUUUGGGACUUUUUUAAACUGAAUAUGUCUUUUUUUUUUAACAGGUUCCAAGGGUGUUCAUCAAUCAAAAAUUUGUUGGCGGGGGAGAUGAUGUGGUUGCUAAAGAUAAAAGCGGAGAGCUGAAAAAAUUACUAGGUGCUUGACUGCCUAGGAAAUGUGCUUUAUAAAUAACCUCUGGAAUUUCACAAGUUUUACACAUUUUGUUAUUUUUUUAAAUUGUGCCUCAUACUCAUUUUUAAAAAAAUCUUCAUAAAUUUAAAUAAAAAUGAUGUUGAACAUUAAAAUUUAUUUAAAUAGUUGCAAGUGGAAUAUUAAAAAUAAUAGAUGUGUUUGUUAUUGAAUUCUAAAGAAAGCAUCGGAACCACUGAAUAUUUUUCUAUGCUCUUAUAUCUUUGUGAUUAAAAUAUUUAUUUUGUACAAAUGGCCAUUCAUUUGUAGCCUACUUUUGAAUUGUAAUAAUUGUUGUCUUUAAUUUAUUGUAUUUAUUUCAAGCUAGAGGUUUAAAAAGGUCAAUUAAAGUAGUUGAGAAAACUGUUUCAAUAACGAUUUGUUUUUUUUGGUUCUGUUUUUUUUAUAAAAUAAAGAUUUUAAAAAAUGUGUUCUAACUUUCAAAUUUAAAAAAAAGUUGGUUAAUCCACAUGUAUUGAACAAGAAGAUAUAUAAUUACAGCUAUACUAUUUUCAGGACUAAAGAUUUUACAAAGCAAUUAUACGCAGUCGACUGGGGAUAACACUUAGCGUUAUACGCAGUCGGCAAGUCACCUGCGGUCUAUAUGUUAAAGUAUUAAUCGAUAAAGUUAAAGGUACCAUGUUUUCAGGGUGACUGGGUGGUCGAAUGGUACAAACUGAGCAAACCUCGAGUUGGUGGCCUGGAGAU